UCGGCGUCCCGCCAUCGAAACUUCGUAGAAGCCACGCGGUGACGUGAGAUUUUGUUUGCCGACUCAAGAAAAGUUGCAAAAAUGUCGUACAAAGGGCCACAGAAGGUGCAGAAGGUGAUGGUGCAGCCCAUCAACCUUAUAUUUCGAUAUCUGCAGAAUCGCUCUAAGGUACAAGUUUGGCUUUUCGAAAAUGUUAACCUCCGGAUCGAGGGGCACAUUGUCGGCUUCGACGAGUACAUGAAUCUUGUACUGGAUGAUGCGGAGGAGUACUACAUGAAGACAGACACGAGGAAGCCACUGGGACGAAUUAUGCUGAAAGGCGAUAAUAUUACGCUUAUACAGAACACGACUCAGGGAGCGAAUUAGUCUUUCCACCGUCCAUAACCUCUAACACAAAUGUUCAGUGUUGUAUUUAUUCUUGAAUACAUUUCGCCGAGAAUAAAUCAUCAAUUUUACAUUCCUGUACUUGGAGAAUUGUUAAAAAAGAAAGUGCCUACGUACAGGUGAGGCUGUUUUUGGAAUGUUUGUCAUCUAUGAAAGGUCUUCGGUUUCGGUGAGUGCACUAACGUAACGCUGGACAAUGCGAAGAAGUGUUACUCAAAGAUUGAUACAUGGAAGGAACUGGGAUGGAAUAUUUUGAGAUACUACUCGAAGUCAUAAAUCGACGUGCAACUAAAAUGGAUUGAUCGCAAAAGAAUGUAAUACCAAGUUCAUGUAAAAUAAUUUGCAACUCGGAUUGAUGAAACGUUCACAUUCUAAUUGACGUCUUCAUCGGUAUUGAUAAUUAUGUGUACUUGGUACUGGAAAAUGCUACACUCUACAAUGAGGAGGAUUGACUUUAAUAUUCAGUUGUACUCCGAUUACCUUUUUACGACCAUUCAGUAUAAUUACUCUGCUGAGAAGGAUAACGUGAAGAUGGAUAGAGAGUCUGACGAUGUCAAAUUCAUAGCCUUGAGAGUUUUUGGAUAUAAAGGUGCCGCUUGAAUCUUGUACUUUUAAUAUGAAAUGAAUAUUUUAUUUCAUAGAGAAAUAAGCGAGGAUCAAGGUGCUUAUUUUAGUUCAUCGAGUCGGAGUGGUCAAAUACAUAAAUUGUGUUGAUCUUAUCAUUAAAAGUUAUUUUGCAAUAGCCCUUGUAUUCUUUGGUAAAAUUAUAGUUUUAACGAAACAGAAACUCAGGGCAUGUAUUCUAACGUGUACAUUUUGUAAUACUCCUUGGUUUUUGUAACGAUGGAGAACAAAAUAUGAAUGUAACUUAAUUACUUAUAUAAGACAAAUUUGUAAGAAAGUGACCGCGAAUUAAAAUACAUUUCAAAUUA